AUGCUGGCGGCUGGACGAAUUCGCUGGCGGCGUUGUGGCGGCGACUCGCACGCCGGUCGGCCGGCUGAGGCCACGCCCACAGCCGCGGAUCCGACGCGCAGGAAUUUAUUGCCUACGGUUGGUGACGCCUCCUCACUGACACCAACGAUCCGAUGGAGCUGCUCGAGCAGUACAUUUGCUUCGGUGGAUCGUUAUGGGUAG